UAGUAAAAAAAAAAUUGACUACACCCUUGUAAAAAUAAAUCCCCUUACAAUGAUCACACUAUAAAACUGGCUCUACACAAGACAGGCCAACACCACCAAUAUCCCAUUUACACAUCCUCUCCAAAAUUAACAAAUUCCGAAACAGAAAAUGUCUGCGCCAACAGUGCAGAAGCAUUUCGUGGCCGUGCACGGAGUCGGGCACGGCGCCUGGGUUUACUACAAGCUGAAGCCACGGAUGGAGGCUGCCGGCCACCGCUUCACGGCGGUCAGCCUGGCGGCAGCCGGCAACAGCCCCAAGAAGCUGGAGGAGGUCCGGUCGCUGCACGACUACACGGAGCCGUUGCUCGAGGUUCUGGCCACCGUGCCUGAGGGCGAAAAGGUAAUUCUCAUCGGGCAUAGCGGCGGAGGCUACGCGGCCGCCUACGGCAUGGAGAAGCACCCGGAGAAGAUCUCGGUCGCCGUUUUCUUGAACGCGCUCAUGCCCGACUCCAAGAAUCGCCCGUCUUACGUCAUUGACGAGUACCUCGCGAGGACUCCACCGGAAGCAUGGAUGGACACCCAAUUCCCGACCUACGGCGAGCCCCCGAUCACGGCAUUGGUCGUGGGGCCCAAGUUCAUAUCCGAGUCCCUCUACAACUUGUCCCCGAUUGAGGAUCAAGUGUUGGGCCACCUUUCGGUGAGGCCCGGGUCACUAUUCAUGGAGGAUCUGGCCACGAUGGACAAGUUCUCGGACGAGAAAUUCGGUUCCGUGCCGCGGGUUUACGUGAUAGCGGCCAACGACAAGACAAUACCGCCCGAGUUCCAGAAGUGGCAGAUAGAAAACAACCCGGUUAAGGAGGUGAAGGAGAUCAAAGGUGCCGACCACAUGCCAAUGUUUACACAGCCAGAUGCCCUCUGCAAGUGCCUCAUCGAGAUUGCCGAGGAUCAUGCCUGAAUAAGGGACCAAAAAGAGAAACAAAUAUUGUGAUGCCAGCAACUACUCAUGUUUUUUCUUUGAUUUGGAUGGGCUCUGUUCUGUUCUCAUGUUUUUUCUUUGUUUUGGAUGGGCUCUGUUUUUUCCUCUGUUUUGUUCUAGUGAUUUGAUGUGUGGAAGUUAAAGGAACAUCUCGGCUCCUUUGGUCUUAAAAUUUCAAGAGUUUGAGUUUGAAGGGAAUGAAUAGAAAAUAAAUCAUUUGAUGAGUUUGGACUUUGGAGGGAGGAAAAUGAAAAUGAAAAUAAAAAUGCCAUAGUUGAGAGCAAUCUGGAAUCGUUUGGGCUCAACUUAUUACAAGAUCAUGCUUUACUUAUCGAUCAUUGAUUUUAUCAUUUCAUCUAAAGUAUUGGAAUAUCAUUUAUGAGUUAUCUCACAUC